AAUUUACCUCGAUAUCGGUAUCCCUGGAUAUGGAUAUGGCCCAUCUCGAUAUCGGUAUCCCUCGAUAUCGAUAUGGCCCAUCUCCAUAUCGGUAUCCCUCGAUAUCGGGAGCACGCAUUUGCGGCAAGUACGCCACCUGGCAAGUACGCGACGUGGCAAGUGCGGCCUCACCAUAUAGUCUCGCGUGGCAAUCCCACGUGGCAAGUGCGGAGGUGGCGACGCCGAGGUGGCGAUGGGAGCGGGAUGGCAAUGCCCAGGUGGCGACGCCAUAUGGCGUACUUGCCACGUGGCGAUGGGAGAGGGAUGGCAACGCCGAGGUGGCGACACCACGUGGCGAUGAAAGCGGGAUGGCAACGCCGAGGUGGCGAUGCGAUCGGGAGCCGGAUCGGGAAGCGAAGGUGGCCACGGGCGCGGGAUCGGGAUCGGAAAGCGGAGGUGGCGAUGGGUACCACACUUCGCACGUGCCAAACAUCGCACGUGGCGCACUUUCCGCAUCGCCACAUGGCGUACUUGCCCCAUCAUCUAGUCCCACAUGGCAAGUACGAAGGUGGCGACGGGAGCGGGAUGGCGACGCGGAGGUGGUGACGCCAUCUCGGCGUCGAGGUGGCGUACUUGCCCCAUCAUCUAGUCCCACGGGCAAGUGCGGAGGUGGCGACGGGAGCGGCAGAGCGUGGGAUCGGGAGCAGGAUUGGAAAGCGAAGGUGGCGACGCAGGGCGCGGGAUCGGUAGCGGGAUCGGGAAGCGGAGGUGGCGACGCCAAGGUGGCAACGCAGGGCACGGGAUCGGGAUCGGGAAUCGAAGGUGGUGACGGGAGUGGGACCGGGAUUGGAAAGCGGAGGUGCCGAUCAGUACCACACUUUGCACGUGCCAAACAUCGCACGUGGCGCACUUUCCACAUCACGUCAGGCUGUGGCCAGGUCACCAAGUAAUCAAUCAAUCAAUCAAUCAAUCCAUCAAUCAAUCCAUCAAUCAAUCAAUCAAUCAAUUAAUCAAUCAAUCAAUCAAUC